AGCGUGGCCUAGAGCAGAGCUGGGGUGGCGCCUUAGCGGGAACCAGGCAAGUCCCGCCUCCCGGAGCCCCUGGGCAGCGAAGUGGGGGUCAGUCCUCCGCGCUGCGGGGAGUCACAUUAGAGUCGUGCUCCUUCUUCUCAGCAGGGCCCUGAGCUCGGGAAGGAAGGCGAUUAGGAAUUCAUUCUUUUUUUUUUUUCCAUUCAUUCUGCAAACAUUUAUUGCCUCUUCCACUCGCCAGAACCCUCAGCUCCCCUGCCCACAGGUCCCGCUGUCCGAGGAGAAGGGAGCUGGGUGGACAGGCAGCCCACCUCUCUAGCGCUGGCAAAUCACAAGGUUGAGUGAAGGAAGCCACGUUCCCAAGUGCAACCCCCAGCGUCGGGGAGGAGACCUGGGGGUGAAGUCAGUGCUCCUGCCAUCACCCCUGCCCUCCAGCCCAGCCCUGGCUGUUGUCCCUAACCAUGGGGUUCCAGUAUCUGUCAUUUCACCCCAACGGAGGCAGGGAGGUCAGAGACCAGGGGUGGGGACAGAGGUCGGGAACCUGCAGUGGCCGGGCAGAGUGCAGGGUGGGGCUGCUGGCCUCUCUUCUCUGGUCUCCCUCAACCCGGAGACGCGGGUAUGGAGGAACGGGGUCUGCUCCCUGCAGCCACAGGAGACAUUCCGGUUGUUCCCAACCACCCUGGUCCCCCAGACAAGGGUCUGUCCAGGACAGUCCGGGGGAGGCUGCAAAGGAGCCGGAGAGGGCCCCGGAGCACUGCCUGGCCACCUUCGCCGGAGGACAGCAUUUCUUUGAAUACCUCCUCGUGGUUUCCCUCAAAAAGAAGCGAUCAGGGGAGGAUUAUGAGCCGACGAUCACCUACCAGUUUCCCAAGCGGGAGAACCUGCUUCGGGGCCAACAGGAGGAGGAGGAACGGCUGCUCAGUGCCAUCCCCUUGUUCUGCUUCCCGGAUGGGAACGAGUGGGCCCCACUCACUGAGUAUCCCAGGGAGACCUUCUCCUUCGUGCUGACCAACGUGGAUGGGAGCAGGAAGAUCGGCUACUGCAGGCGCCUCCUGCCCGCCGGCCGCGGCCCUCGGCUCCCCAAGGUGUACUGCAUCAUCAGCUGCAUCGGCUGCUUCGGCCUGUUCUCCAAGAUCCUGGAUGAGGUGGAGAAGCGGCAUCAGAUCUCCAUGGCCGUCAUCUACCCGUUCAUGCAGGGCCUGCGGGAGGCCGCCUUCCCCGCUCCCGGCAAGACUGUCACCCUCAAGAGCUUCAUCCCCGACUCGGGCACCGAGUUCAUCUCCCUGACGCGGCCCCUGGACUCCCACCUGGAACACGUGGACUUCAGUUCUCUGUUGCGCUGUCUCAGCUUCGAACAGAUUCUUCAGCUCUUCGCCUCCGCGGUGCUGGAGAGGAGAAUCAUCUUCCUGGCAGACGGUCUCAGCACCCUGUCGCAGUGUAUCCACGCCGCCGCCGCGCUGCUCUACCCCUUCAGCUGGGCACACACCUACAUCCCCGUGGUCCCCGAGAGCCUCCUGGCCACUGUCUGCUGCCCCACGCCCUUCAUGGUGGGAGUGCAAAUGCGCUUUCUGCAGGAGGUCCUGGACAGCCCCAUGGAAGAGGUCCUGCUGGUGAAUCUUUGUGAAGGAACCUUCUUAAUGUCAGUCGGUGACGAAAAAGACAUCCUACCUCCCAAGCUUCAGGAUGACAUCUUGGAGUCUCUCAGUCAGGGGAUCGAUGAGCAACAGACUCCAGAACAAAUCAACGAGCAUGUGUCAGGCCCGUUCGUGCAGUUCUUUGUCAAGACCGUCGGCCACUACGCUUCCUACAUCAGGUGGGAGGCCAACGGGCAAGGCCGCUUCCAAGAACGGGCCUUCUACAAGGCUCUGCCCUCCAAGGCCAACCGCCGAUUCGUGAAGAAGUUUGUGAAGACACAGCUCUUCUCGCUUUUCAUCCAGGAAGCUGAGAAGAGCAAGAACCCUCCAGCAGGCUAUUUCCAACGGAAAAUACGGGAAUACGAAGAACAGAAGAAACAGAAGAAAUCAAAGGGAAAGUCUGUGAAAUGAGAACUGUGGUGAACGGGAGUGACUAGACCUCCAGGCCAGUUUUGGACUUUGGCCCCUGCCAACAUGGCAGGGUCAGCGAAGCUUUCAGCCCCGGGACCUUCUUCUCCCGAGUCCUGGGAACCCGGUCUUGCUUCGAGCUGGUGUCUCGAGUUUGGGAUCCCUGGAAUCUGCUUUCUCAAGGCUUCGGAAGAUUUGGCCUCUGUGCUCACGGAGCAGGGCUCACCUUGUGCAGGGGGAACACAGAGCGUAACAGGAGCACAGGUGUCAUGGAGACGUAGGAGUUGCUAGAACUGCCCCGUCCCAGGAACCACUAUUACAAAAUCCUCCAGAGAAAGCAGCUGUGGCCAAAGGCUCCGGCUUGCCACGUAAAAAGGUCUGUGGACACGGGAGGAUAAGAAUAAAAUGAAAACUUCCUGUGGUU